AAUCAUCAAUUUCUUCUCUGUUAUUUCCGAGACCAAAAGGCACAAGUCCCAGGCUGUCAAAACCCUAAACUACUCUCUCUCUCUCUGGCUCUUAGAUCGAUACUAUCGGCUAUGGCUGAACGCGACAAGUUCGUUUACGUUGCCAAGCUAGCCGAGCAGGCGGAGCGCUAUGAUGAGAUGGUGGAUGCCAUGAAAAAUGUGGCAAAACUUGAUGUGGAAUUGACAGUUGAAGAGCGGAAUUUGCUCUCAGUUGGGUACAAGAAUGUGAUUGGUGCUAGGAGAGCAUCAUGGAGAAUUCUGUCAUCCAUAGAACAAAAGGAAGAAGCCAAAGGGAAUGAAGUUAACGCGAAACGGAUCAAGGAGUAUAGACAGAAGGUUGAAUUAGAGAUUACGAACAUCUGCAAUGAUAUCAUGGCCAUAAUAGAUGAGCAUCUAAUACCAUCUGCUUCUGCUGGUGAGUCAACAGUAUUCUUCUAUAAGAUGAAGGGAGAUUAUUAUCGUUAUCUUGCAGAAUUCAAAACGGGUAAUGAGAAGAAGGAAGCUGCUGAUCAUUCAAUGGAAGCAUAUGAGACAGCUACUACUGCUGCAGAGUCUGAUUUGCCCCCUACAAAUCCUAUACGAUUGGGGUUGGCAUUGAAUUUCUCAGUAUUCUAUUAUGAGAUCUUGAAUUCACCUGAAAGGGCCUGCCACCUUGCAAAGCAAGCUUUUGAUGAAGCAAUCUCAGAGCUCGACAAUCUAAAUGAGGAAUCGUACAAGGAUAGCACCUUAAUAAUGCAGCUUCUCAGGGACAACCUGACCUUGUGGACUUCUGAGAUCCCAGAGGAUGCAGAAGAUGCUCAGAAAAUCAAUGGCACUGCCAAAGUAGGUGGGGCAGAGAAUGUAGAGUGAUGCAGAUUAUGCCUUGCUACACAUCAGGGGAAAGGAUGAGACCUGAUUAUCUACGUGGUGUUUGUUAAAAAUGGAAUUUCAUUGCUUUUUCUUUGUUUGCAUUUCCAACUCCCCAUGUUGUGAUCUAUAGUGAUGUCUGGACGUGGUUGGUCUGACUUCCAGUACCUAAAGCUUUCCCUGACAGUUGUGGUGGACAGAAUGUAGAUCAUUGGCAUGCUUGCCUAAGGUGGGUUUCCUUGCUUUGUUGUAAAUCCCAGAGUCAUGUUUGAGGAAUUAUGUUGGUUUCCUCACAAGUCCAGAAGUUUCAAGUCUGAAUCCUAUUUAAUUUACUUGCAUCUCAAUAUAUAUGUUUUCAACUAUUGUCGCUGUCACUAUUUAUGACCGAUAAUAGCUUAAAGUUGUGGCAUUGUGAAGCGUCUUGUUGUAGAAUAUUUACUUGGGAGAAUAAGGAAAAACAAUGAAAUACCAUUUUCAGGUCUCAA